AUGCAACCUUUGAAUUCAAAGAAACAAGUAACUGUUAUUGGAGCUGGAAUUUCAGGGCUAACUACUGCUGUUCUUCUUCAAGAAAAGUAUAACGUUACAAUCGUAUCCAGAGACUUUCCAGGCGAAUUAAAAGACGGAUAUACAAGUCCAUGGGCUGGCGCACAUUGGAGAAGUCAUGCAGCGUUGGAUGACUUUCGUCAACAAGGCUUUGAUAAGGAAACUUUUAUUCACUUUUGGAGCUUAGCCCAUACCAAAUCAGCUGAAACUGGAAUAAUGAUUGUAGACGGAUUUGACUAUUGGGAUGAAUAUUUCCCAUUAGAAUCGAAUGAUCCAUGGUUUAAGAAUUUAUGUCCAGAGGCAAUAU